AUGGCGAGUCCAAGACAAUCGCUCGAAGCUGCCGUCGCUGGCAGCUCCAAUGGCUCCGCUGUCAUAUCUCCGCGAUCCAGUGUCGACUCGCGGACUUCUGGCAUACGAAAUCAGUCCGCUCGACGCUCACAUAUCUCCACGAACCAUUCGCAUCGACAGAGUUUUAGCGAAACUCUCCGCGCGCCCGGAUCUCCGCGAUCACGCCGUCAGCCGUCGAUCACCAACGCCGGAGUCUUGAGUCUUAUUGAUAACCCGCCUGUGCCAAACAAUCCGGACCCCAAGUUUGCUGGUCGCGAUUGGAGACAUAUUUCGAUUGGGGAGUUGGUUAGUCCGGAUGAUCUGAAGUUUGUUGAGGUUGACACGGGGAUUGAGGAAGCAACCGAUGCGUUGAUUGACUCCAAUAUUGCGGUACUGUUGAUUCGCGAAACACCUGAGCACAAGUCCGCCGUAGGUACCUUCGAUUUUUCCGACCUCAACGCAUACCUCCUGCUAGCGGCGGGACUCACACAGCCCGACGACGGCCUACUCGGACUGUAUGGAGAAUUAGCACGGAAAGCUCAAGAAGGGAGCAAGAUACCACUGCGCGAUGUAAAGGACCUGGGCAAGAAGGAACCGAUGACGACACUUCCCGCGACGGCCAACGUGAUGAGUGCCGUGGAAACGUUUGGGGGUGGUGUGCAUCGUGUUGUAGUGGUGGACGAGACCAAUAAUAACGAGGUUGUGGGAAUCUUUAGCCAGUUCCGGUUGGUUAAGUUCCUUUGGGAGAAUGGUCGCACAUUUCCAACAGUUGAUCAACUGUAUCCGAAUUCCUUGGGGGAUUUGGGAAUAGGAUCGCGAGCCGUGCUUUCGAUCAAUGCAGAUCGACCGCUUAGUGAAGCCCUGCGCUUGAUGUACGAGGAGGGCAUCUCAUCCGUCGCAGUGGUUGACAACCAUUUGAACGUAGUGGGCAAUAUCUCAUCAACAGAUGUCAAGCUGUUGACCCGAUCCUCGUCACUCCCCCUUCUGCACAACACGUGCACUCAUUUUGUCUCGGUGGUUUUGUCUACACGAGGUUUGAUUGAUGGCAAGGAUUCUUUUCCGGUCUUCCAUGUGAAUCCUAGUUCGACCCUUGCGCAUACGGUGGCCAAGCUUGUGGCUACUAAAUCACAUCGGUUAUGGGUGACCGACCCGCUCUCACCAGCGUCAUCCGGACCCUCGACACCGUCUCAUUCUACAACCCAUCUUGUACCCAACACAGUAUCAAACCCAGCAGUGUCACCGCCCACAUCACCAAAGCCGACUCAGCUGUCAAACCCCAGCAGCAACCCAUACUUGCCCAUUCCGCACUUAUCACCACAGCCGGGAACAGCCACACUGGCACCGUCAAUUCCCGCAUCAGCACUACCCGGAGCACGCCUGUCGGGCCGAUUGCUUGGCGUAGUCAGCUUGACGGAUAUUCUGAAUCUACAGGCACGGGCCAGCGGGUUAAGCCCGGCAGAUCCCAUGGAGAGCCGCGCGCACCGGCGGCGGAGCAGCAGUUCUAGCAUCAGUGUCCGGCGCAGCGGGGAGUUGGGACGGGAGUUGUUCAGCCGAGGGUUUUGA